AAUUAUUCGGGAAUUUUAUUUUUUAUUCUUUUUUUUCUCUGGUGAAUGUUCCGAAUCGAUCACAUUUACCUGACGAUUCUAUUUGAUUGAAUUUCAAUUUUUCUAACCAAAUCAUCAUGAUUUCAUUCCAACAUUUUAUAUUCGUCUUAAUAUUGUCGGGUCAUUUAUUUACAUCGAUCCAAGCUAUUGAUGAACCAUUAAGCCUGACCGAUAAUGAUAAAUUACGGCUACGAAAAAUUGUCGAAUUAAAAACACCGUUGUCGGAAAAUACAUUGGCCAACAUUUACUAUAAUGUUAAUCUUAGGAUUCAUCUUGAUAAAUCCAUAACAGAAUCGCAGAAAAUCUGUGAUCAUAUAAAAAAAGAUUCUGGUGAAACAAUUGAAUCGAUUUAUUUUCAAACAUCGAUUGCUAAACUAAUUACCGGUUGUCAAUUGGAUCAAACAAAAUUAUCCAUCAAAUUACAAUCAUUAAUUAAUGAUGAUUUAAUUGUUAUGGAUAUUUAUCGUGCUGGUUUAUCAUUGGCCAAUAUGGGCAAACCAUUAGAUUCGGCAAAAUUUUCUCGAUUAUUGAUUGAAGCAUUAAAACGUGAAGAUUCAUUAUUGAACACUGGAUUGGCAUUUCAAUUGGCAUCGAAAUUUUCAAAACCACAGGAUCAAAAUCCAUUCGUAGAAAAAAUAGCCGAUGUUAUUGUUCAAGCGGAUGAAGUGAAUGCAAAAUAUCUUCAAUUUGAAGGCGGAUUAGGUGUUUCAUCUGCUGUCAUUCGUGGCAUCUAUCAAUUGGCUACCGCUGCUAAUAAACCUGUUGGAAUAACUGCUGCUCAGGCAACAAAAUUUGUUAACUAUUUUCUUUCACGUAAAUAUGUUCUCACACCGAAAGGUGUAUCGGAAGUAAUCGAAACAUUGGCAUUAUUUACAAACAAUAAAUAUCACAUUCCAUAUAUGAUUACCAAAUUUGGAUCAUCAGCAUUAUCGGCAACCGAAAAUCCAAUUUUAACAAUAAAAGUUACAAAUGUUCUUGGUGAAUCGGUUGGUCCGGUAACAGUUACUGGAACAUCAUUAUCAAUGAACAAAGAUAAAAACAAUGCAAUAAUGAAAAAUAUUUCAUUCAAACCGGUCGUAGGUGAUAGUACAUUAUUUGCAUAUGAUUUUUUUGCCACAAAAUCAUCAUUAUCAUCGGGUUUCUAUACAAUGACCGUAAAUGUUUCACCACAAAAGCCUGAUGCAAGAAUACUUGGCAAUAAUGGAAUUCCAAUCGGUUUGACUAUUUUGACAAAGGUUAAAAUUGAUAGUGCAGAAUUGACCAUUACCGAUGCUGAUGUUGGUACGAAAACUUUUGGCCUUAUAUAUCCAUCAUCGUUGGAUCAAUUGAUCGAUGUUGAUUAUUUACAACGUAUUCAGAUGAAAUUUCAGAUUAAAGAUUCACAAAAUGAUCAAUCAGUUCGUGUACAUCAAGCUUUUGUUCGUUUCUAUCAUUUGGAUACUAAACAAGAAAUAACAUUUGUUUCAGAAUUAGAUUCAAAUGGAUUCCAUAAAAUUGAUCUCAAUUUGCCGGCAAAAUCAAAAGAUUUUAAUGAUCUUUCUGGUAGAUAUCAAUUGGAUUUAUACAUUGGUGAUCCAUUGAUUAUUGAAGCAAUAAGCUGGAAAAUCGGUACAAUUAAUCUACAAUUUGGUUCAUUACAAUCAAAUUCGAUGACACCAACUGCUAUUCAUCGUAAUGAAUAUUUACCAAAACCUGAAAUUAAACAUAUAUUUCGUGAACAAGAUAAACGUCCACCAGCAUUGGUAUCGAAUUUUUUUACCAUAUUAGCAAUGUUACCAUUGCUUGGUUUAUUUGUUGCUUGGUUCAAAAUUGGUGUAAAUUUAUCAAAUUUUAAAUUUUCAUUAUCGGCAUUAUUAUUUCAUGGUAGUAUUGCAGCCAUAUUUUUACUAUAUGUUUGUUUCUUUCUUAAAUUGAACAUGUUUCAAACAAUCAAAUAUUUGGCCGGUUUAAGCUUUAUUGCCUAUUUAAGUGGACAUUCAUUAUUGUCAAAUUUGAUUCGUAAUAAAAAAUGAUAAUUUUUUUAAAUA